ACCUAAAAUUGAGUUUUAUUUUCUUUUCUUUAGGCAGCAUUAACUGUAUUACCAAAAUGCAAUACAAACACAAAUUCGAUAAGAACACACAUUUGGCAGUAUUAUUUUGGGAACACAAGGGAGUUUAUUAGGCUUAGUUAUUUUGAUUAUUAUUGUCUUUACAUUUAUAAUUGUCUUUAGAUCUUAAUCUGUAGGCUAUUAGUAAUUUUCCAUCUCUGCUGAUGGAUGCUUGCAUGAUGGCAAAUGGAGCCAUUGGAGAUGGUAAACGUUUGGAUUUGGGGGAGGUGGUUAAAUAAGAUUUUUUGAUCACUUCGUUAUUUUAUUGCUUUUUUCGUUUAGUUUAAAGUGCAAUUUGAAUUUAGAAAUGUCUUUUGUUUAUGUUUUUCAUGUUUCAAUAAAUGAAUUACAUUUUUAAAGCAAAAUCUGUAAAGCAAAAAAAUUCACGACCCUCGGCAGGGGGGUUGACGAUGUAAUCGGAUAUCGCGAUAUUUAUAUGGCAAUUAUCGCAAUUUUUUUUUUUUACAUAUCUCCCAGCCCUAUUUCGCGCAUGCAUUGCUUUGGCGUGCAGUGUGAAACAGGCUUAAGACUGACCAGAGGAGACAUAGUCAUAGUCAUAUGUUUGCACAUGCUAAUUAGUCAUAGUCGUGCAUGCACAAGUUAAUUUGCAAUUGUCUUAUGACUAAAUCAAGGAACAUGCACACCAAUCUGUAGCUUUUCGCAAUACUUUUUAACUCCCUGUAAGUAGUCAUGAAAAACUGUUUUAAAACUGUAGCCAGAUUGAUUAAUUACAAGUGAAUGCAAUGGGGUGUGGCAAGCCUCUUCAUUAACCUCCUCUCUUGGGAGCAGUGUUGAAAUCUAAGCACAGCAUGCCCGUGUUCCUCCUGGAAAAGCUGAAAUUUUUCAGAUACAGAUGUACAUUUAAGGGAAGAGUACAAACCUGAAUGCUCUCUUAGUUAAAACUCACCCUGAGCUCUUACUGACGGCGCAUAGCUUAGAGGCGCAGUCAGACAACGAUUUUUAGUGGCCCUGUGAAAACUAUUGUUUGCCAGAUUUAGUCUUCUGGAAUCUGCUUUGACCCCUGUGGCUUUGGGUCAGGAGACUGGUCACAGCUGAGGGGCUAAGUGGUUCCAUGAGAAUGGAAAUCGUAAACUCAGAGAAAACCACGGCUUUCACUUCGAAGACCACUUGACUGGCUGACAUGGAAGGGAAAGAGGAAAUCAGUGAUACAGACAGUGGGGUUAUUCUACAUUCUGGGCCUGACAGCCCCACCACAGUGAUGAAGGAUGUGAAUACUCACACUCGGGCCAUGAAACUGAAGCAGCAAGCUCUGGAGGACAGGCUGAAGCUGUGUUUACUGGAACUCAAGAAACUCUGUAUCAGAGAGGCUGAGCUCACAGGACAUUUGUCCUCAGACUAUCCCCUGUUACCUGGUGAGAAGCCCCCUCAAAUUCGCAGGCGCAUUGGAGCUGCUUUUAAACUUGAUGGACCGAGCAUCCUACAGCGAGCUGAGGACUCUAAGCUGAGCUCUGUGGAGACUGAGCUGGCUCUGCAGCAGCAGAUAUAUGUUGCGGCCCAGAGGCUGUGCCAGGAGGAACAUCUCAGCAAGGCGGUGAAGAAGAGUCGUCUACAGCAGUACCAGCGUGAGGAGAGGAAACUCAAAGAUUUGCAGGACGCUGUGUUCAGGUUGCAACUGGAACACGGCCGAGCCUCACCGCACCCUGGUAUGAUUGCACAGAGAGGUACUUCAGACGAUAGCUCAUUGUCCGACUCGCCAGUGCUCGAUGAGGAGGAGCUAACGAGUCAGUCUUCCCGACUUUCUUCAGAGCCUCCUGCUCAUGCCGUAGACCCUCACCCUCCACCCCUGGGCAUCUCAUCUCAUCCCCCUCCACAUACACCCACAGGCCCCUCUUACAGGCCCCCUGAGUCCAUUCCCCACCAAACCCCCACACAAUCCCUAGAGAGCUUAAACCCCUGCCACAGUCCAAUCCCAGAGCAUGACCCUGCCCCCAUUCAAAACUCUCCAUGGAAGGAGUCGAGUCUGGACCAGCCUUAUCAGAAACAGAAAAGAUCUCACUCUAGUUGCACCAAAUCCAGUCCUGCUGUUACUCUCACCUUACCUCCUCUGGAAGUUUGUCUUGCGGAGGCAGGGAUACCACUGCAGAUGCCCACCCAUACAGCCCUGAGACACAUGCAAUCCUGCAGUGCACCUUCCACUCCAGAGAUGCACCUGCGCAAAGGACAAUCCCUCAGAGUUCCCAACACUGAGCCCCCUUAUGAUCCAGAUCGGGAGCAUGGCCGCUCCAGGCGUCCCAGGAGACGGUUAACAGACCUUGCGCUGUCGUCACUAGAAUACUCGCCUAUGAGAUUAACUGUAGGAAACCCGAUAUACUACUCCAGCUCUGAGGACAGCAACUCUGAGCACUCAGUCCAAUCAUACACCAACUCACCCUGCCAGGAGCACCCUGGGGAACUGCCAUGGCCCUACCAACACCAAUACGGAUACCAAUACACCAGCCUCGCUGACAACCACGUACCACAGCGAUAUUCCCCUACCAACUUUUACAAAAACACCCAGCACCAGUCCUCACCUAGUUUUUCCAGGGGGUACGUAGAGAAUGGAUGGGGCCAUCCUUUAGAUAUGGACACUGGAAGGUUGUAUAUGAGCCACCUGGCCCCUUCCUCCGCCUAUUCCAAUGGCCACCAUGAGAAGUGCUAUAAUGAGGCUUUGCCUCACCAGCAGCGAAGUUGCAGGAUUUUACCCGCCCAUGUAAGACUCUCACGAGCCCCUUCACUAAGGGACUAUCCUCCUCACCACCCGAGCAGAGGCCUACCUCGCCAGGUUGUGUCCGAGGAGCUCAAAUCAUGGCACCAGCGCAGCCAACUCCGACCGCCCCGACCACAAUCGCUGGACCGAAACAGGCAGGGUGCGCUCUGCAUCCGAAAUGCAUCAGGACGAGAGUCGCCGCUUACCCUUUCCCAGCACCACAAAUUCCAGGAACAGCAGGUAUCUCAGAAACAGGUCAUUCAGAGGACUCCAGACAGGAUGUACGAGGAUGACUCUGAGAUUAUCAGCCAGGUGUAAACGGCUGUCCUUAAACCAUGGACACGCUUCUGAAAAGAGUCCUAUUUAUUCAAUAAUUUAUUGAGCUGAUGGACUAAAGCGACUUGAGAUUUUUAACAUCGAACAACAUUUAGAGAGAUUUCAAGCUUUUUUUGACACCAUUUUAAAUGCCUUGUCCAAAAAUAUAAAAUAACAAAGAGUUUUACUGUGAAAGACAAUGUUUUUUGUUUUGUUUUUUAAGUUUAUAGGUUUUAUAGAUAAACUUAUGGACAAACAAAUUGUAUGAUGAAAUAAAUCUAAUUUGUUACUAAUUUUGUAUGUUCCUUUAGUGUAUGUGGAUACUGAGCUAAAUAAAUAAAGUUAUACA